GUCUCUGCCACGUGUCAGCCAGCCCUCGUUCAGUUCACUGACGAGAUCCAGAUGUGGUGCUGUGGGAGAAUCAUCCGACCUUUCUCUGCAGAAUCUCAACAGGAAAACCCUACGGUUAAUUUAGCAAGCAACUAAGAAAAGGCAAAACUGUCUGCUGCUCAUUAUGUGGCGCAGACAGAUGCCGAUAUUCUAUGAAGAUGAUGAGGAAACAUAAUGACAGUAUUGUUUAUGUCAUAGAUGUGACACCACAGACUGCAAUUUAUAGUUAACCUCCGAACAUAUGGAAAGAAAGUCACGCUUCUCUGUUAAACUCUGCGUUUCAAAAGCAACACCAACAGCUGUAAAACAUUUGUUCUCUCUCGGACUAGAUUACCUCAUUCAACCCUGUGCCGUAAAACACAACAGCUUGUGACCGGCCAACGCUGAGAGCUCAGCUUUUUUUUUGUGCUGCUGCAACAAAACAGUUUUAUUUGCGGUGGAUUUGAAGCAUAUCUCUACGUAUGAUGGAUGCUCAUAUGUUGAUGUUCCUCCUUCUCCUCCUGGCACCCUGCACGACGCAGCAGAAAAGAAAUGGAAAGCGAGAGUGUACGAACAGUGCUACCAUUGAGGAGCUGAAGAAACAGAUUAUGGACAUUGUUCAAGAGCUGAAUCUGCUGAAAGAGAAGCAGGCUUUACAGACAGUUUGUCUGCGAGGCGCCAAGGUCCUCGGCAAGUGUUUCCUGGCCGACCCGGUGAAGAAGACCUUCCACGCAGCCAGCGCCGACUGCCUCGCCAAGGGAGGCGGUCUGAGCACGCCUCUCACAGGAGACGAGAACGACCAGCUCCACGACUACGUGCGUCAGAGCAUCGGCCCAGGCGGGCACAUCUGGCUGGGCAUCAAUGACAUGGUGACCGACGGCCAGUGGGUGGACCAAUCAGGCUCCGGCCUGCGCUUCAAGAACUGGGAGACGGACAUCACCCGGCAGCCAGACGGAGGCCGCAGCCAGAACUGUGGCAUCCUCUCCGCCACCGCCAACGGGAAGUGGUUCGAUGAGAGCUGCCGGGUUGAAGAGGCUUCCGUGUGCGAGUUCGACAUCGUCUGAGGGCUGCUGUCCCACGUGGACAUCGCUCCGCGCAGAUGGACACUCGUGUGAACAUUGAAUAUGGAGAACAAAACAUGUUUCAAAAAAUGAAAAGCAAUUCUACAUUAAAAAUAUCCCAGCAAGUUAUACAUUAUUAUACAUUAUUCCAUAUUCAUAAUAUUCAUAUGUAUUUUUGUAUCUACUAAUCAAUGUAGUAAUGCUGCUUAAGUUACAUGAUGUACAGUUACAUGACUUAUUCAGUAGAUAUGGUGGGACAAUGUUCUUUUCCGAAUAGAACUUUAAACGGAAAUGGUAUGCUUCAAAAGAAA